AAGCACACCAGCUACAGAUAAUGGUUUUACACGGGAGAGAAUUUCAAACACCACCACAAAAUAGCUAUAACGGUAAAGUGACAUGCUGUCCUUCAUUUCCUGGUUUGUACCAAGUUUACCCACUUGGCUAAUACCUGAUACAACUCCUCUAGACUUUUUACAAGGCGUUGUUGGCGCAUGUGGGAUUUCAGUGCUUUUCAACCUUUUAAGGGUUCAUUUAUUCAUUGAAACACAGAGUACAGCAGACAGCAAAGAUGACGUUAAAAACAAGCGCUUUCAUGUUGGUGGUCUAACAGACAGAAUCCAGUUCUGGAUCCUGACUGUAACUCUCGCCUUUGUGGGUUCUAGAGUUGCAUCACUAGUGGUUCUCGAGUUCAUUCUUCGAGCAGUUUCUUCACGCUUCACCGCCUCAUCAGAUCCACUGAGUAAUACUUUGUUACAGCUGUUAGUCCAGUGCCAGUUCUCUUUGGGCUGUGCAUUUAACUGCAGUCUUUAUUUUCUCCAUGAGGGGGCAUCACAAGCUUGGCUAAGUUUCCUCCUCGCUGCAGCACUGAGCUGGUUCUUGGCCAGCCAGUGUUCUCGGUUAUGGCACCAUGUAAUGACGAUGUACCCAAUACACAGCACCCAGCGAUACUGUGGGGUCUGUAUUGGCCUCCUGACUUCUGGCACAUCAAUACUGCCUUUUCUUUGCAGCACCUUGAUUCUAACAUUUUGCGUAGCUGGAUUUGCUGCCAUAUCAAACAUCAACCAGCACUUUGUGUCAACUACUGAGGCCUUGAGGUUCUGGACACCACUCACAAUUUGCUACACUCUUCUCGUCAUCUAUAUGCAUGAGGAGCAGCAUAAGCAGCCUAGCGGACAGGCUCUUCUGAACACAGUGAUGGUCCGCCUGGGCGGCCUACUAUUAUUGAUGCUUACUGUAGGAAGGUGGGCAGAUGUGCUCCACAUUCUACUGUGCUUCAUUGGGGAAGCUGCCUGUCUGCUGCCAGCUCAGGAACUACUGAGUAGCACCUCUAAGGAUUUUGCAGAUGUUCCCAGACGUUUUAUGACACAGAAUGAAGACCGGAGAAGACCGAAGAAAUCAGACAAAUACGAAUGAGACACAGAAUGCUACGGUGGAAGACAAAAAGAAAAAAAAGAUUAGACUAGAGACAAUGAUUUUUCCAGUCAGCCAGUCCACACUCAAAGCUGCUAAAUGUAAUAACAGCAGGUCAACAGAACAUCAUUUAUCCUUUGUAACACGUAGGCCUACAUAAGGCCUGCGAGAUAUGAACUACUUUUUGGCAUACAAGUACUUCAGAUUUUAAUUUAAAAAGGAUAAACCGUUCACAGUUUAGCAAAUAAACACCAAAUACGCAGCUCCGAUGAAACCUUAACCUGAAGUCACAUUGUUUUAAAAGUAAUAAUAAAAACACAUUCAGUUUUAGGC